CGAAAAUGUAAUGAAUAUUUGCGAUAUUCGUUGUUAUUUUAGAGGAAGACGUAAAAAGUUUAAAAUGGAAGGUCCAAACUAUAAAGUUGAAAGUGUUACAUAGAAUAUUAUGAAAAAAUAGUGGUGAAAAUGUCCAAAAGUUCUGAACUGGACUCAGUGAGCACAGUGCUUUGGCUUCAGCAAGCUGAUGCUCUCAAUACAUUUACCAAAAUGUGGUACCAUGUCUUCCUGUGGGCAUUUUUUUCAUCAAUAUUUGUCCAUACCAUUGCUGGACUUAUAGCAUUCCUAACCCUCAGGAAACACAAAUUCGGCAAGUUCUUUCCAAUUGCGAUACUAGUCAUGGGCGUGGUGACGCCUGCUAUAACCGGCGUCGUGAGUAGCGCUGCAAUUGCAUUCGUAUACAGAGCAUCGAGUUUACCAAUGAAUCCACUGUACGCUCUCUUUUGGGGAUGUGGUCAGACUAUUUUAACUGGGUGUAUGGGUUUCACGAGAAUUUUGGCAACAUUGUAAUUAAUAGGAUAAAUAAUACAUGCAAGUCCACGCAGUGAGGUGGUACAUUUUGAUGAAGCAUUGUGCAUUGCUUUAGAAUGAAAUUUAUUUUGGAUCGACCUGGAAAUCUGUCUUUGGUAUCACAGUUUUAAGUUCGUUUCAGGGUUAUUUAUUUUCGCGAUCGCCG